CUAGCUCAUAGUAGGAGUUCAACCCUCUUCCAUCUGAACUGUAAACUACAACUCAUCAUAUCUUGUCAUAUCAAUAAAGCGCAAACUCAUCAUCGACUCGAAACUCCCAUCAUUUCUUUUUGCUUACCGACAUACCCGAUCACUUAAGACCUAUCCUACUGAACGUUAGCCGUCAUGUCGUUUAUGGGUGGCGCUGAAUGUUCGACAUCUGCGAACCCCCUCAGCCAGCUUCAUAAGCAUACUCAGAAUGACAGAACACUCCAGCAAGACCGUCUAGUUGGUCGAGGACCUGGAGGACAGCUCAAUGGAUUUCGAAGCCAGAGCGCCAAUGCGCCCCAGGAUGAGAUGAUGAACGGCUUCCUUAAUCAAGGCCCAAGCCUCCAGCAAGAAUUCCCCAUGCAGCCGGGCCAGAUGGGCCCUCUCGGCCCAGCCCAGUCCCAUAUGCGAGCCAACUCGGCAUCACCAACAUGGGCGCACGACUUCAAUGGCCAGCCAGCGAUGGAAUCAGCUUUCCAGGCGCCACCUGCUACGCAAUCGCACUUUAACGCUGACGAAUUUGCCCGUUUUCAGCAGCUUAACACACAAGGUUCUUCCGCGAGAGCGAGUCCGAUGCAAAGCAACGUUCCUAGCCAGAUGAACCAACAAAGACCCAUGAUGGGCGGCAUGAUGAACCGACCGAUGGGCUACACUCCCAUGUUCCAGCCUAUGUACCAGAACCAACAGCCCAUGCACCAACCACAACAGCAGGAUGUCAAGGGCAAGGGCCGCCUCGUGGAGCUCGACGACCACAAGUGGGAGGAGCAGUUCGCCUCGAUGGAGCUGCAAGAUAGUGAUAAGGCUAAGGAACAAGAGGAGGCAAAUGCCGCAGAGCAGGAGCUUAACGAAAUGGACAAAGGCUUAACGGCCGAAACUAAUGAACAAGACUUUGACCAAUUCGAUACCGAAUGGAGCAACAACAUGAUGCCCGAUUUCGAGGGUAUGGGCGACUGGGGCCGCCUCGGGGACCCGGCCGUCGAAACCUACCUAUUCGAACAAGACAACUUCUUUCGCGACGAAAAGAACGCUUUCGAGGAGGGUGUGCGCAUCAUGAGAGAAGGCGGAAACCUGUCCUUGGCCGCGCUGGCCUUCGAAUCUGCUGUUCAGCAGAAUCCCAAUCAUACCGAGGCGUGGGUUUACCUAGGAACAGCCCAGGCACAGAAUGAGAAAGAGACAGCAGCCAUCAGGGCUCUCGAGCAAGCGCUGAAACUCGACCCCAACAACUUGGCGGCCUUGAUGGGCCUGGCCGUAUCAUACACCAAUGAAGGAUAUGACAGCACAGCAUAUCGAACUCUUGAGAGGUGGUUGUCCGUUAAGUAUCCUAACAUUCUCGACCCCAAAGAUCUACACCCCCCUGCAGAGAUGGGUUUCACAGACCGGCAGCAGCUUCAUGACAAGGUGACAAAUCUGUUUAUCAAGGCGGCCCAGCUGAGCCCUGACGGUGAGCAUAUGGAUCCCGAUGUACAAGUAGGCCUUGGAGUGCUCUUUUAUGGCGCAGAGGAUUAUGAUAAAGCAGUGGACUGCUUCCAGUCUGCCCUCCACUCAUCAGAGGUUGGUACAUCCAACCAACAGGAGCAGCUUCAUCUCCUCUGGAACCGCCUCGGUGCAACUCUUGCCAAUAGUGGACGCUCCGAAGAAGCCAUUGCGGCAUACCAGGAGGCCCUUGCUAUGGCUCCCAACUUUGUACGAGCCCGCUACAACCUAGGUGUCAGCUGCAUCAACAUUCACUGCCACCACGAGGCUGCCUGUCACUUCCUAGCCGCUCUGGAGAUGCACAAGGCCAUUGAAAAGUCCGGCCGGAGCAAGGCGUACGAGAUUCUGGGCGAUAAUGCCUCCGGCGUCGAUGAGACACUCGACCGCAUGUCGGCGCAAAACCGGAGCAGCACCCUAUACGAUACCCUCCGGCGUGUCUUUACACAGAUGGGUCGCCGGGAUUUGGCGGAGAAGACCGUUGCCGGUGUCGAUCCGGAUGUGUUCAGACCUGAAUUUGAGUUUUAGGGCUUCACGUGUUUUAUUUUUGAAUGAGUUGACUUACAUGAAGAAGCGGUCUGCCUCAAGGAAGUUCGGAGAGGGCUCAGCAAUAGUGCGUUUGCUGUGGGAAAUGAUUUUGGCCCUAGCUUGGAUGUUAUAUAUGAGAGACAUGCAUGGCUCUGGAAGAAUUUGCAUCGCAGUGAUGUCGUCCCUGGAGCAACGAUAUCAUAUAGUGUCUAACCACUUCUACGCUCAUUUAUCAUGCAUCAAUGUCUACGAAUAGUUACGCCAGGCUAACCAUAUACAUUGCAUCUAUGCAUCAAUUGACGCUAAGAACCCAUUUUUAUCUCUG